UAGGAUUAAAUGAUGAUGAGGAAGAAGAGAGGGGCCAUGCAUUUAGAAACACCGUGAAAAUGCCUUAGCUUGGCACGUUUCCCUUUCUCUAAUAAAGCCCCCCUUCCUCUUUCCAUCUACUCUCUCAGACUAACAUCGGUCGGAUCCUCAUUGCCACUCUGUCUGUUUGCAAGAUUCAAUUUUUAUCGUCCUCUCCGGCUUAAAGGAGGUAGAUUGAGCUCGUAGAUUCCGUCAAAAAGGUAGCUUUUUGGGUUCGAUCGAUUCGGAGUGGGGCGAUUGAGCGAGGGAGCAGAAAAAGGUGGCGUUUGGGGCAGUAAUGGCGGCUCCUGACAGCUCUUUGGAGCUGGAAAGCAGCGUCAAUUCCUUGUCUUCGUCGUCUCCGGAUGCUGGCGAGUGGAGGAAGGAUGGCGGCGGAAAGCGACCGCGGGAGCGGAGUAGCAGGCAUCCUGCGUUUCGCGGCGUUCGGAUGAGGAGUUGGGGCAAGUGGGUGUCGGAGAUCCGAGAGCCGCGGAAGAAGUCACGCAUCUGGCUGGGGACGUUCCCGACGCCGGAGAUGGCGGCACGGGCGCACGAUGUGGCGGCGCUCAGCAUCAAGGGCCCCGCCGCCGUGCUCAACUUCCCGGAGCUUGCCGGGAGGCUGCCCCGGCCGGCCACUCUCUCCGCCCGAGACGUCCAGGCCGCCGCCGCCGAGGCCGCCGCAAUGGACCCGGCCGAGAGGGCAGCGGAACCCCCGCCGCCAGCUGAGGCCGACGACGAGCUCGGGGAGAUCACGGAGCUGCCGUCGCUCGACUCGGACUUUUCCGGGGUCGAGUACCUGUACGACGAUUGGGUCGACUCGUGGCCGGAGCCUCCGCCGCUGCUGCUCCUUCCGUCACCGGAGACCGGGGAUCCGCUGUGGGCGGCGCCGCCGGAGGAAUGGUACCCAACAAACUUUGAAGCCUUGCUUUGGGAUUAAUUAAGGAUUAAUCUGUAAUUAAAACUUAAAACCACCUCUAAUGUUCAUUAAUCUCCCUAGCGGCCAGGCCCUAAAUUUUUCAUUAGGGCCCUCUUAUUUUGUAAUAUUUUCCUUGUGAAUUUUCUCUUGAUUUAUGUGUAUAUUAAUAAUUUGGGGCUAUAUAGUAAUUAAUGCCUUUUGUUAAAUUUUUACAAAA